AUGAAUUCCAGAAGCAGGUUUAGCUGCGAUUUCCCAGGCUGCAGCGCCAGCUACUGGCGGAAGGCGCAUCUGAACCGCCACAAAGCCCAACACGGCGCACAACAAUCACCGCUAUGUCGAAUUUGUGGUCGAGAAUUUGGGCGAAUUGAUACACUCCGCCGACACAUCCGACAGAGCCAUACAGGAAGAAGUGAGCUGGUGCCUCCGAUCAAGCAGGCCUGUGAUAAUUGUCGGGUGCUAAAAGCUCGCUGCGAAGGAGGUGCACCCUGCAGCGCAUGCCUACGCCGCCAUAUCUCGUGUUCCCUUGUUGAAGGAUCUACCUCUACCGGGACGGAGGAUACUGGUCCACAACAGACCGUGCAACCCCGUUCAUCCCCAUCUGCAAAGGCAGAGCACUUUAUCAAGAUCUUCUUCCAAAAAUUCCACCCACACUGGCCAUUUAUUCAUCAAUGGUCAUUCAACAUCACUCAAGGCAAAGAAAAUGCACUACUGCUGCAGUCCAUGACCGUCAUCGGGAUGUGGAUCACAGGCUUGCCGAGCAACCGGUCCGCAGCAAAGGAGCUGCAUGCGGUUCUGGACGCGGCCAUAUAUCAGCAAAGAGAGAAGUGGGAUGCAAGUAUGCACGAAUCCGCAUCCAGCGCAACCUGCAAAUGGCCCAUCGCCAUGUAUCAAGCCAUCCUAUUGCAUAUCAUCUUCGCCCUAACGAGCAAAGACAGCGUCACUUUGGGACUCGAUCUGAAGCCCGCUCUUCCGGCCAACGAUAAAACCCUUCUCAAGUCGUUGGUGCAAAGCUGCAGAAAGCUGGGCAUGUUCUAUUAUCCGAACAUGCUUGCGCGAUUCCGACCGGAAGAACCUGGAGGACAUGUCUGGGUGGGAGUUGAGGAGGUCAAGCGGUUUGUCCUUGCUUUAAACAGGGUUUGCAAGAUUAUUGGAGCUGAAGAGCAAGCCGCGAAUGUCCAUGGGAAGCAUCGCGAUGUGCCAACGCCGAGGAGUGGGUUGCUCACGGCAAGCGAGCUGCAUUUCCCGAUGCCGACGAGUGAGGCGCUUUGGAAUGCGGGCACGGAAGAAGCGUGGAAUGCGGCUGCUGUAGAUAAAACUGACCUUAUUCAUUUGACUGAUUUCCGGGAGGCGCAGUGGAUCUCCCGGUCGGCCACGCUUCUGGACUUGACCUAA